AACUAGUCAGCCGACGGGCUCUGAGGCUUUGAGGUUUGGAGGUAUCGUUUGAAGUAGCCGAGCCCGCCGCCGCCCGUCGGCGCCGUCAGGCUAGGUCGCCGCUCCCCUCCCUUACUAUCACUGCCCCCCCCCUACAGUGGUUGGCAACCACCGUACGCCACGCGCCGCCGCUCCGCGCUUCCGAUAUCAGUCAGUUCAGUUGUUCAGUUUGUGUUGGUGGUUUACUCUGACUUUAUAGGUUAUGUGUGACAGUUUAUGAGUGUAUUGUUUUCUGAAAUACUUUUAAUUGAAGAUAAGACAGAAAAUAUUAACGAUGAGUGAUGGGCGGAAACGAUUGAGUGGUUCUGGCUACCGAAAAGAAGCUCAGAAAAAACUGGAAAAACAAAAAGAAGUAGUAGAAAAAACCGCAAAGAUAUCAAAUUUUUUUAAGAAAAGCAACUCUCAAGAUGAAAACUUAAAAUGUACUCCUACCGACGACAAUGUCACUCCGUGCGGUAGUGGUAGGCCUAAUUAUGGUCAGACUCACGUAAAAGAAGGUGAUGAUGCUCUUAAUGACGCUGAAGCAUCGAUUAAGGAACCAGAGCGUCCAUCCUCAUCACGGUCUUUAAAUGAAGAUAAGGUGAUACCGUAUCCUUUGGAUGUUAAAAUUGUGGAUGACCCAGCUUUGUGGGAGAUAAAUGACCGUACUCGUGAAUAUGUGGUUACGAGAGGAAUCAACCAAAACAUAGAUGAAAUGGAUUUAUCACGGUCAAAAAGAUUAAUUGGAGGGCAAAAUCGAUAUUUAUCUAAGUCCCUUCUGAAAACAAAGCUGAUAAACUGCAAAGAGAUGAAAAGAUCCUACUUGAUGUAUUCCGAGAGCAGUGGCAAAUUGUAUUGUGUUCCCUGCCAAUUAUUUGGUGGCACAACAAAACUUGCGAAAGAAGGUUGUGAUGACUGGAUGCAUGGCAAUGACAUUUUGAAAUCGCAUGAAAAUUCCUCUGACCACAAAACAUGUGUAUUGGCAAUGAAAACCAGGAUGUCAUCAAAGGGAAUACAAUCACUGCUCACCAGUCAAAUUGAAGACGAGCAAAACUACUGGCGCAAUGUACUGAAGAGAGUGGUUGCAGUAGUUAAAUCCCUAGCAGCUGCAGGUCUUCCUUUAAGAGGGCACGAUGAGAAAUUCGGGUCAUUGUCAAACAGUGGCAAUUUCAUCUUGUGUCUAGAAUUGAUUGCCGAAUUUGACCCAUUCAUAGCUGAGCACAUCGCUAAAUAUGGAAAUCCCGGACAGGGUCAUACUUCAUAUUUAUCCUCGACUACUUAUGAAGAGUUUGUAAAACUAAUGGCCCAUAAAGUCGUGAAAGAAAUAGUAGAAGAAGUUAAAGUAGCGAAAUAUUUUUCUAUUAUUGUAGAUUCUAGCCCAGAUAUUAUGCAUACAGACCAACUCGCAAUAGUCCUUCGGUAUGUGUUACCUAACGGAAAGUCCGUUGAAAGAUUUCUUUGUUUUCUUCCAUCAGUUGGCCACAGAUCAGAAGCUCUGUUUGAUGCAGUUAUUAAAGUUCUGGCCGAAAAUGAAAUUGAUAUUGAAAACUGUAGGGGUCAGUCAUUCGAUAAUGCAUCGAAUAUGUCCGGUAUGUAUACUGGCUUACAAGCCAGGAUUCAUGAGGUUAGCCCUUCUGCCAUGUAUACUCCAUGCUCUGCACACUCUCUUAAUUUAGUUGGAGACAACGCUGCCAGCUGUUGUACAGAAAGUACUAAUUUCUUCUUACUUCUUCAAAACCUUUACGUUUUUUUCACAAGCUCUACCAAGCGAUGGGAAAUAUUGAAAGAAUUAUUGGUGAAAAAAGAGAAUGUUAGUUUAAAGAAAUUAUCAGACACUCGUUGGUCCGCACGUGAUGAUGCUUGUCAAAGCCUUAACAGAGACUGGAAUGAAGUAAUUGAGGCACUCACCGUCAUAUCAAAUGAUGAGAAUGAGAAACCUAAAACAAGAUGUGAAGCUUCUGGAUACCUUCAGCAAAUACAACGGCUAGAAACAGCGAUUCUCUCUAUUUUGUGGGGAGACUUGUUAUCUAGGUUCAACCUGACAAGUAAAAAGCUACAGUCAACAUACGUCGACCUAUCAACUGUCGGAAAACUCUAUGAGUCAUUAAUAGAAUAUGUUAACAGUAUUCGAGAUGAGUUUGAAAUCUAUGAAAAUGGAGCCCUUGAGAAGGCUGGUAUUGCUGAGUACGAAGACCAGACCAGAAGAAAAAAGAAACGAAAGCUUUUAGCGGGCGAAACCAGAGAUAAUGAAACUGAGCUCAGUGGUGGAAUUGCAUUUAAAACCAACACUUAUCUCGUCAUCGUUGACAGGCUCAUAUCCGAAUUGACCAGAAGAACGGAAGUGUACAGUUUGCUUAGCGCAAGAUUUGAUUUUUUAAUCAGUGGAGCAACUAUGAACAGUAAUGACAUAAAAGAUAAUGCAGCGAGGUUGAGCAAAGAAUGUCCUAAUGAUUUGCAAGAUGCGGAAGAAUUCGGCAAUGAAUGUCUACAUUUCUUAGGAUUCAUUAAAACCAUCGACAAAGAAGAUCGCCCAAAGACACUCCCCACUUUUUGCGAGCUCCUUUAUGAUAACGAUCUGCAAGAUUUGUAUCCAUACGUUGACAUUGCCCUAAGGAUAUUUUCUACAAUGCCAGCAUCUAACUGCUCGGCUGAAAGAUCUUUUUCCGUACUCCGUAGGAUAAAGAACUACUUGAGGUCAACAAUGUCACAUGAUCGUUUGUAUUGGUCGGCAGUUUUGUCAAUCGAAUCCGAUAUGACAAAAAAAAUAAAUUAUGAUGACAUCAUCGAUUUGUUUGCAGCUAAUCAGUCAAGAAGGAAAAAGUUUUGAAGUAAAUUGUUUCAUGUGAACUUCGUCCAUGCAACGUUGUGCAAAAUAAGGAGUUACUUUUAUAAUGUGAUGUUUAGGGGAAAUUGUUACAGUAAUCGGUUAGGUCGUAUCUGGUAGGAAUAUAUGUAUCUCUUUUGUAUACUAUUUGAAAUGAAUAUUUGUUUUUUUUGAUACGAUUUAAUGCUUAGCAAAUAGGCAACUUUCUGAAUGACGUAUUUGGUAGGAAAAUUAGGAAAACACGUCUCUUUUAUUUGUUAGGCUGACUUUUUGAUGUAUGACCUUGUAAUGAAUGUGAGUUUUAUUUAAUA